AUGGAAAAUCGAAGACCUCUAAGAAUUCGAAAAAAAGAAGAAAUAUUCAGAAUAAAGGAGAUACAGACUGCAGAAAAGGAUGACACAAAAGGCUCUCUGCCACAUGUGUCGGAUGAGGAGCCACUUACAGAUUCAGAAGAGCAUAAUAGCUUAAGCAUCUCUACACCAGAAGAAGAAGCAAAAGAGGAAGAGAUAAAGAAGGAGGAAGUGGAGAGAAAGUUGAGUUUUUGGAGUCUAUACAUGCAGUCAUCUUCUUUUUCCGUCUGCGUGCUGGUUAUUGGUGCUGUGCUUGGGUUCUUACUCCACUCGUACUAUCGAAAUCUCGAUAAUUGCAUAAAUGGCCUAAAAGACAAAAUUGAGAGCCAAAAAGAAAGACUACUUGAGCUAGAGUCUAUUUUUCAUAGCAAGAACAGAGAAAUAGACGUGGCAGACUAUUUAGAAGGCGCGCGCAUCCUAUAUAACAUAACAACCGACCCCUACGUGGAGAAAAAGUGGUUUAAGUCAAACGUCACGGGACUAAGUGCAGAAGUAGCAAUAGACAGAGUAUGUGACAAACACCACUGUUACUCUUUCAAUGGGUCUGAAGGAAAGCUAGGGAUUGCAUUCAAAAACGAGAAGAUAAUUCGGAAGAUAGGAAUAAUGCAUCCUUUGUAUAAUGAUAGAACCUCAGCUGUAAAGUCUUUUACUGUUGAUUGUAUUAUGAAUGAUAAACACAUUAAUAUGGGCGAGUUUGAAUAUGAAAUACCUGGGGACUCUUUUCAGCAGUUUUCAAUUACUCCUACUAAGUGCACAGGAAUGAUAUUUAAAAUAAAGUCCAAUCAUGGAAAAAAGCAGUACACAUGCAUUUACAAGAUAUAUGCUUUUGAAUAA